CGCGUUCACCGUUGAGUAAUCUCGUAGAGUUGCAUGAGGAUGAUUCAAUUCUCGACUUUCCAAUUUCUUCGACUUCUCCAAAUUCUGUAAACACACUAUCGUCAACUUCCCCUAUAAUUACAAAUGACGCGAAUCAGGAAAUAUCUAAUGCUAGAAAAUUUUAUGGUACAAAUGUCACUAGUGGAUAUUACCCCAUUCAACAAGGAUCUAUUCGUGAUCCUUCUAAAAAUAUUACAAAUAAUUUAUCUUAUUCAAAUGUAAAUAAUAUUAACCCUAUUGACGAUUCUCAAGAUGCAACGGUUGAUCCAUUAAACACUGAUUCUAUGUCGAAUAAUCAAAAAAUCGUAGAAGAUUUUAAUGAUCAAAAUGUAUUCAAUUCUAAGGAUAUAAGGAGACAGUCUGGUAUUUUAGAGAAUCCUACAAAAGAUCGUCCCCACCCUCCAAGAACACGUCCUCCCUCGUUAUCUCCUAUAAAAUUAUCUAAUAAACUUCAUACCAAUAAUACUCAACACACAAAUUCUUCCGAUAACUCUCAACUUGACAUUAUUUCUAGAGAUUCUUUUCAAAGUCUCUCUCCUAUGAUAUCUACUUUAUCUCCAAAACAACUUUCCCCUACUUUUAAUACUUUUAAUAUCUCUGAUGAUGAUAAUGAUAUUCAUUCUCUUUCUCGUUCUCCAUUGGAUAGAUUAUCUGAUGGCCUUUUGCGUCUUUCUCAAUCUUCAGCCGGAAAAUCUUUAAUUACUCCUAUUAAUAGUCCUGAAAAUGAAAAUUCUCCAAUUCAUUUAUCAAGAGAAUCUUUAAUGACUGAAGGUUCAAAUAAUUAUCAAAAUUCCGAUGCAAAUACUAUAUACGUUCCUUCUACUACUUCAAUUUAUCAUGCUGAUUAUAACGAUUAUGACAAUUACGAAGAAUUUCAAGGAGAAUCUUUGAUUAAUAAACAGUCUCAUAUUUCUUCCAAUCAGUUGACUCAUCCUAAUUCUAUGUCAUCAAAUAAUUCUUUUUCUGAUCGUGAUUCAAGUUCAAUAGCACAAUCUCCUCAAUCACCACAAACUACGAAUAGUGUCAAUAGUAGCAUUUCUUUAAAUACAUUAAGUAAUGAUAAAGUUGAACAACAAUCUAAUGAUGCUAACGUACGGAUUGGGUAUGCCAAACAACAAGCUGCUCCACUUUAUACAACUGAUGGUAAUUAUGCAAAACCGAUUAUGAUACAACUUGGAGGCAAGGCUUCAACUAGUUCUCAAAAAACUAAUGCUGCAUUUGAAUUACCUGUAAAACGUACAUUACGAACUGUUGCACCACCAAAACCACAACCUCCUCCAUUAUCACUUACUGAUACUUUAAUAGCAUCAGGACAAAGUGAUAUUGCACAUCAAGUUAUGGUAAUGAGAAGAGUACAAAAUGCCAAUGAAAAUUUAAAUAUACAAUCAUCUAAUUCACCACGUAAAUGGCCAAAAUCAUCAAAGAAUAAUACUAUAAAAACAAUAUCAAGUCCACAAUUGGUGUCAACAUCCUCAAAUAUAAAAGCCGUACCUAUUGUGACUCUUGGCAAUGAAGAAGAAGGAAAGAAUACUACUAGGUUUCGAAGAAAGUUUUCAUUACGUGAGACUGAUACAGGUUUUGGAAAAUCAUUAAAAAAGAUAAAAGAUGCAUUUACAAAUGAUAAUAAUGAGGCAAGUAAAUCAAGCUUAUUUGGUGGUAAGAAACAAAAAUCUGGUCCAUCUCCAAACUCUUCUGUGGAUAAUUUACCAAGGAAAUUUGUUAGUGAAGAAAAUUUAAAUCAAAAAUUUAAUAAUGCUGAAAAGAAAGGUUUUGACCUUGGAAAAAGGAGGGCUUAUAGUACUAGAGAAAAUAGACCCAAUGAAGCUUUAAGACGAGAUAUUCAAGAAAAUAUUGCAACAGAAAAUUUAUAUAAUAAAUAUCCUGGAAGUGAUUCUGAUAUUAUUGAAGAACCAGUGGUUUCAAGAGGUAAUGAACCUAAAAAACCUAUGACAGGCCCAAUGUUUGAUAUUGAUGCAUUGAGACGUCAUGCAGAAAUGGUAUCUCGAUAUUCAAGUAAUAAAAGAGAACAGUCUACAUCGUCAAGUCUAAGUUCGCAAUUAGCACGUACGGAAUCUAUGUCAUCUUCUUUAGAUAAGAAAUCAUCAAAAGAUAAUAUAUUAGAAAGCAUACAAGAUACAAUUACAACUAAUGAUGAACAAGAAAUGAAUACAACUAAACUUGUAUCAGAAAUUUCAAAUUCAGAUACAAAUUUACAAAUAUCGCCAUCCGUACAGUCCAUACAAUCGGAAAAUAAUAAAUUAUUAACAAAUGAACCUGAAAGUAUACCAAGUAGUCCACCACCUUCACCUUAUAGCCCUGUUAGCUUGAUAUCACCAUUUAGUGAUGCUCCAUCCGGAAGGGGUUCACCACCACCAAUAUCUCCAAGAAAUCCACUAAGAAAUUCAAAUUAUGAAAAGAGACUUCAGAAAAAAACGAUAAUUAAGCGAAAUAAUAGUACUGGAAGUAGUUUUAGUUCUGCUAGUGAUGAUAAACAAGACUCUAGGGAUUCAGGAACUUCUUCGAAAUUUAUUGAUCAUUUACAAGUUCCUACAACGUAUCCAUCACCUAACAAUGAAACUGAUGAUAAUAAUUCAAAGAAGAAAUCAAGAGGUAAAGUUAUAAGAAGAACUAUAAUAAUAACAAAACCAUUUUUACCACCUUUACCGGAAGAUUUAUCACCCCAAACUAAUUCAUCUACACCACCAUCUCCUGGAAAUGUUAAAUUUGUUUCAUUAGUAAAUCGUAGAUUAACAAAAAAGAAGAUUAUACAUCUUGCUUCUGAUGGACGUAAAUGGUUGUUAUCUAAGCGGGGUAAAGAUAAUAAUAAUUCAAAUGAUCAGAAUAGUAAAGAAAAGGCAGCUAGAAUAUCACAACAAAGUUCAGUAAAUACAUAUGAUACGAAUAGUGUAAUGAAUUCACCAUAUGGAAUUCCUAUACCACCAAUUCCAGCUCCUCAUAGACAAAGUAUUUCUUCGAAAAGGACAAGUAAAAGUAGUACUUAUUCUUCAAACAGUAAAUAUCGAAAAAGCAUUGGAGCAAAGAGUAAUUAUAGUGGUUAUGGAGAAAGUUUAUAUGACUGCUAUAACUAUUCGGACAAUGAGGCUGCCGAUGAUGAAGAAGAAAACGAAUCAAAAAGAUAUAAACAAGAUACAGAUAUAAUAGAUCCUACACAAUGGAGUACUAUUAAAGAUCGAGAAUUUGGUGAUGAAGAUUUUAUUUUAAGCAAUGGUAAUAUAGAUGGAAAUAAUGAAUUAUUAGAACAUCAACAUGUUGAAGUUUUAGAAAUGAGUGAUGAUGAAGAUACCUAUCCACAAACUUUACCAUUAGAUCUCGAAAAAGAUAAUGGAGAUUUGGAUGAUAAUUUAUUAGAAAAGCCAGAUAUUAGGUCUAGUCAUUUAGAUUAUUAUUAUGAUACCAAUUUUCCAAGUCCAUUACAUGUACCUGGUGUUAUGCCACGGAAAAAGUCAUUCGAAACUGAUGAAAAUUUUAUACCUAGUACAAGUAUAUACUUUGCCAAUGAUAUACCUUUACCCAAAUUGCUUGGAGAGAUGACAAAAGGAUUAGGUGGUAUGAAUUUAAAUAAUGAGGAUAAUAAUCAUUAUGCUUAUGGUGAAGAAAUUGAAAGUGGUGGAACUGGCAUUGUUACAGGUAUGACAGUAGAAGAGCAUUUGGAUCAAGUGAUGAGAGCACUUGGAGUUGAUGAAAAAGAAACUUUGUAUUAA